UAACCCCUUCUCAACUUCCUUGGAGUUUCUGUACCAGAAAAUAUUUUUGUUUUUGUGUUGUUAUUGGGCACAAUUUAAUUGAAAUAAAACAUCUACAUUUAUUUUCACGAUGGUUUAUUUAUAAUUUGAUACAAUUUGUAACCGAGGAAAAUAAACGCAACUUACCGGAAGUAGGAGUGAAAGUAACCGGAAGCUUGAGGCGUUACUGAGUGUCGCAUGGCCCAGAGUUCUCGUUGAGCGUCUUACGUUACGCCACGUAAUCCUGUUUGUCACUGCUGGUUUUCUGUAAACUUUGUCUUGUUUCAAAAAUUUCAUGAUAUAAGUGGAUUGCUAAUUUAUUAAUAAUCAUGGAUCUGGCAAGCGAGAUUCAAACGGAUGAUUGGCAGUCGACCAGAGAAACUUUACGAGAGAGGAACAAGUACAUGUUCUUGAAUUCGAUGAUCAGCGAUGUGAGCUUUCUUGUACAAGAUUCAACCAAAGAUCACGCUGCAAAAGUCGCUUUACCAGCGCACAAGUACGUGCUAGCAAUCAGUAGCCCCGUUUUCUUUGCUAUGUUUUAUGGUGGUAUAGCAGAACAAGGAAACCAAAUUGAACUACCUGAUUGCAACUCGGAGUGCUUGACUGAAUUUCUCCGUUUCAUCUAUUACGACGAACUACAUCUCACAGCUAACUCUGUCCUCGGUGUUAUGUAUUUAGCGAAGAAGUAUUUGGUCCUGUCUUUGAUGCGGAAGUGUGGUCGAUUUCUCGAAGAAAGGAUCGAUCCCAACAAUGUCUUCGAGACGUUGACACAAGCUCGCCAGUUUCGAGAGGAGGAAUUGGAGAAGAGAUGCUGGUUUAUUGUAGAUCUGAAUACCAAACAGUGCCUGGAAUCGCCCAGUUUUCUGGAACUUGAUGCAGUAGCUAUUAAAUCUUUGCUGCGAAGGGAGACUUUGAAGAUCGAGGAAUCGGAGCUAUUUGAGUAUUCCAUACGUUGGGCUAAAAAACAGUGUCUAGUUGAAGGUUUGGAAGCCUCUGGGGCCAAUUUAAGGAAAAUCCUUGGUGAUACUCUAUAUUUCCUGCGAUUUCCAGUGAUGUCACAAAAGCAAUUUGCAGAGAACGUUGUGCCUCAAGACAUUUUAAGUGAUCGUGAGGCUCUAAAUGUAUUUCUACAUUUUAGUACCUCAAAUUCAAAGCCUGAUGUUGUAUUUCCUUGUGUGCCACGCAGUGGAAGGCCCAUGCGGCGCUGUACCCGUUACACAGAGGCUCCUGUCCCACACCACUGGUACAGACCCCCAAGUAAUGGUACUGGGCGACGUGAGGAGAUACUUUCAUUCACAGUGACUUCAGAGUCACCUGUGUACAUUGCUGGUGGACGGAUCUUCACUCGCACUUUUGGUCUUUCAGAUGUGGAAAGUAGACGCGACAAAGUUCAGUUAUGGAUAAGAGAGGAGACUCCUCAGGAAAAAGUUCUUGGAUUUACUGAAGGAGAGUAUUUGCCAGAUAACAAUGGAGCUUACAAUGGUGAUGGGUUUGAUAUCAAAUUCAGAACUGCUGUACUUGUUAAGAGUGGAGUACGGUACUCCUUACGCUGUGUGAUCUUUUUCAGUCAGAGCGUGACAUCUAACAAACACUCUCCUAAAAAAGAACUUAUGCUCGAACAGAUCAAGUUUGCAUUUGAAAACUCAUACCAUGGAUCUCACUUUACAGAGGUUUUGUUUUAUACUCCCUGGAACACUUAGCAGAACUGGGGUAAUGUGACCUACUUUGUCUCCAACCAAAAUUAUGGGCUAUGGCUGUAUAACAUUGUGUCAGCAAAUUAACUUAGUCAUAAUAAGAAACUACUGUUAUUGUCA